AUGAAUCUGACUACUUUCUGUUUACCUUUGAUUCUUCUUAUCUCCUUAUUCUAUCCAGCUUCUUCUAGUGACUCAGAACGAGCACGUUCGGCUGGAAGUCCAAGGGCAAGGGCGCAACGUAGCCAACUCAAAUUCAGUGACUCGGAAGGGCUCAUCUUACGUAGAAGUCAAUCAGAUGGUAAUGGCUCAGAUGGAACAGAAUCAGAAGGUGACAGCUUGCGAGGAAGUGCAAGAGGAAGAAGUACCUCGAGAAGCAGAAGUCCCGUCAGAAGCAUAUCAAGAAGCAGAAGCACGAGUCCAGUUUCUUCUUCAAGUAGCGGCGGUUUAACACCCAUUGACCUCACUGAUGAUGCUCAUAGUGACCAUAAUCGGAAAGUUGCACCAGCGUCAAUGACAUAUCAUAACAACAUGUACGGAUUCUAUCAUCAAAAGACAAAAUAUCACACUGCAAUCGGCAAUGCAUACAAAUCAGCAAGAGUUAGAACAAAUAAAGAAGGACAGAAGUAUGAUCUAGAAGCCAGGAAGCAUUACGCUGAAUCGAAAUCAAGUGAAAAGAAAAAGAUGAAGCAUAAAGGAUACUUCAACGGUAUAAUGCAAGGCAAUCUUAAACCCGGAACUGCGAAAGAUCAUUUUGACAGCGUCAAAGUCGAAAAAUAUCCAAAAAUACCAAAGGAAGCAGAAGCUCAACGACUGAUUCGAGACCCUAAUAUCAAGUUCAACAAACAAAAGGGACAUUUCCAUCUCGUCGCAGAAUCAGUUCCUCAAAAACAGAACGACGGACAAGAACGCGGUCGUAGACUUAACAACCGUGGAAGUCGUGCUUCUUCCGCUCGCACAACACCAACACCAAGAGUUCGUACGCCGGUAUCAUCUGACCAUAGCGGAAGUGGCAGCGGAUCAGACAAUCAUUCCAAUCACAGUAAUCAAGGACACAGCUCAGACGACCUUUCUGAAUAUGUGUCUCAGCCAAAAAGUGGUACUCGUCGUCGCAGACGUAAUUAG